GUAUAUGUCAUGAAUCCGGACGAAUAUGAGCAGCUGCCAACGUCGAGCGUGCCGGCAAUCAUGACGGCCGGUGCGAUAGCCGGCGUCAUGGAGCAUUGCGUCAUGUACCCGCUGGACUCGGUGAAAACCCGCAUGCAAUCGCUCACACACAUGAAAGCGCGCGACACGAUCACGUCGACACUGCGCGACAUGAUCAAGAACGAAGGUUUGAUGCGCCCGUUCCGCGGUGUAACGGCGGUAGUGGCCGGUGCCGGUCCAGCUCACGCACUCUACUUCGGUGCGUACGAAUGCUCGAAGGAGAUGAUUGCGACCGUGUCCGAUCGGGACCAUCUGAACUACAUGCUGUCGGCAACGGCCGCUACGCUCGUGCACGAUGCCGUCUCGAACCCGGCGGACGUGGUCAAGCAGCGGCUACAGAUGUACAACUCACCGUACAGAUCGAUCAUGCACUGUGCGACGCAGGUCUACCGGACGGAAGGAUUCCGUGCGUUUUAUCGCUCCUACUCGACGCAGCUCGUCAUGAACAUACCCUACUCGGCGAUCCAGUUCCCGACGUACGAGUUCUUCCAGAAGCUGCUCAACAAAGACAAUAAAUACAAUCCUCCUGUACAUAUGGUGGCGGGUGGGGCGGCCGGUGCAGCCGCAUCCGCCCUUACCACCCCGCUAGAUGUGUGCAAAACGCUGCUAAACACGCAAGAGGACGGCGCGGGUAAAACGCGAGGGCUCGUUGAAGCGGCAAAAAAGAUUUAUAACACCGCUGGUGUGAUGGGUUUCUUUAAGGGCAUGCAAGCGCGCGUACUGUACCAGAUGCCGGCGACUGCGAUAUGCUGGUCGACGUACGAGUUCUUCAAGUAUAUCCUUUCGCGCGUAAAGAAACCGAUCGCGGGUGGAUCGAUGGGGGCGACCGGUGGGUCGAGUACGCGAGCGUUGGUGGUGGCCGAUGGGGAGGAUAAAACGUCCACGAUAACUGACCUACGGUACAUGAUACCGGCGAGCGCAUCCGUCAGUGCUGAAGCGUCCCCGACCGGGUGUAGCGGUGUCGUCAACAGUGCCAGCUUGCUGAUCCGAAGUCAGGAAAGGGAUGGUGCUGGUGGAGGUUCGGCUAUUGGUGGAGGAAGCGAGAAAGUUGGUGGCAGUGUGCCUGCUGCCGGGUUGAUCCCGCGCGGUGGUCCUGAACUUCCGGCAAUGUCCGGUGCCGGUAUUUACGGGGCGAUGAGCUUCAACACGAUGCACUCGAAUGAUACGAACCACCUAACCGACGUCCGAAGGACGAACUAAGCCCCGGGCCA